UCAAACUAAACGAUUGAAUUAUUGCCAUACAAAAUGUAAAUAGUUUGAAUAAUUCUCUUAUUUUGGUAGUUCCUAAUCUGUUUCCUCCUCCUUGUGUUUGCCACUGGAUAUACCCAACUGUAGGUGACAAAUAUAGUGCCAUGUUUUCAGUAAUACACAACGAGUGCGUCGCCAAGGGAGAUCGUUUCCUGGCAUUUUGUGAGCAAGGACUGUAUUGUUGGUGGUGAUUAGAUUAGUAACACGCUACUUGACUUCCGGUUUUAGAGCAAUAUACAUACAUUAAAUGUCCACAAUUAAUGUAUAUUGGAUAAAAAUCACACCCAUCAAGACACGAAAUUUUUGCCAGCGUUUAACAAUGAUUUGAGCAAACAACUCUACUGGCACUAAUCAAAGUUGCAUGAGCAACGGUUUGCAACGUGAGCGGUUGUUUUCAUUUCUGUCUGGACCUUUAUUUUGUAUUACGCAAACCGGAAACAAUUACGCUGUUAGCGUCGCGACUCUGACGCUAACAAGGUAGCCUGUUAGCGUAAGCUAAAAACUGGACAGCUGGGCACAGUCUGGCUCGACUUCCCGCUGGUCCAAAGAGCGAAGAUGCCAGAGCUGGAGGAUCAAGGGUAGUGCUCAUGUGAAGCUGCUUCAAGUCACGAUGGAAUAUAUGCCCAGUACAUGCUUUUCGUCUCUUUAACAGCUUGGACUCCUGUUUAGUGACACCAAUGAGAACCUAAAGACAGCAGUUGUACAUUCAAACAGUACUGGAAGUCCCUCGUGGCCAUGCGGAUCACUUUAUGCCAAGGCGUGUUAACCGGGGCCAUCAUCCUCAACCUCCUCAUCCUCUACUAUGUGUCCCGGGCCCAGCAGCAAAUGAUGGAGAAGAGGAAGGAACACGGCAGGUCCACCAGGAGGGCUGCCUUACCCGCCUCCGCUCUGGCGGGAGCCAUAGCAGGACUCGUCGGCCCUGGAGUUGAGCCCGGAGUGGCAGGGGUGAGGUCAAUUAAUCGUAGCCCACGCGUGACAGUGCUCCUCCGGGAGUUUGAAAACUUUGAGAAUUACGUCGGGGAUGUUGCCAAUUCGUUCCUGAGCCAAAGACCUGAGCUUCCCUUCCUCGUUGUGGCUGACAUGCCUCCGUACCCGCCCCUGGUGCUCCCUGACAGCUCUCGACUCCUAGUGCUCUCCCCAAGCCCGGACCAGCCUCCGCAAGCACACAGGCCAGAGUUUCACGUGCAGACGGAGUUUGUGCUUCUCGUGCCGGACGGUGUGGAGUUGGAGCCGCCUCGAGCGAUUGAGAGGCUGAUAAAGGAGUUGGAAGGCGAGGGUGGUGGUCCAGUGAGGUUGGUAGCUUCGCCCGUGCUGGCUCGAUCUGCCGUGCAGUGUCUCCACCUGCGGGUGAACCUCCGCGAGUGGACGGCCACUUACUCUACCGCGGCGUCCGGGAGCAGCGGUAGCGUGUGCACGGCCUUGCAAGGCGACGCCGUGGUGCUCAUCCACACGGAGGAUCUAUUUAAUCUUUCCGUGCCGUUAGGCCGGCCUCUUUUCCCUUCGCUCUUCAUCCAGACCACGCUGAGGGGCUGGAAGGUAAAGCUCCUGGAGAGCCCGUGUUUUUCCACCAACCACCGUCCCCUCUUCAGCUCAGCUCACAACCAGUGGAAGGCGGACACUCGCCUGAAGGAGUCCACGGGGAAGCUGAUGAGGAGCUUCGGUCUGAAGCGUAUCCUGCUGCCGGAAGGGAAGGAGCAGUGGCACGGCUGUAGCAAGGAGACUCCUCGCUGCUUCGGCACGGUGCAGGACGACACGCCGGACUACCUCUAUCUGGAUCGCUGGACGCCACCGUGUUGUCUGCGCGCACUCCGAGAAACCACCAAAUAUGUCAUUAACAUCCUAGAGAGCUACGGGGUGCGCUAUUGGCUCGAAGGCGGGACAUUGCUCGGCGCCGUCCGCCACCAAGACAUCAUCCCGUGGGAUUAUGACGUGGACCUGGGAAUCUACCUGGAGGACGUACCCAACUGCGAUCACUUGAAGAACCUGGACUCGGGCUCGCUGGUGGACGCCAACGGCUAUGUGUGGGAACGCGCGGUGGAGGGCGACUUCUACAGGGUGCAGUACAGCGAGGCCAACCACCUGCACGUGGACCUGUGGCCCUUCUACCCCCGCAACGGCAUCAUGACUAAAGACACAUGGACCGAGCACAAGCAGGACGUGGAGUUUCCCGAGCACUUUCUGCAGCCGCUCAUGCCCAUGCUCUUCGCUGGCAUCAAUGCCUAUGGCCCGAAUAACCACCGCGCCUUCUUGGAGCUCAAAUUCGGAGAGGGGGUUGUUGAGAACCCUCAGUACCCCAACCCUGCCAAGAAAAGACUGGACCGGGCCAAAUUAUGAGAGUACAUUUGUUUAUAUGCUAAUAGAUGGCGAUACUAAGGGUGUACACGCAUUAGGCUUCAACCCACUUGACACCUAAUACCUUUGUAUAGUGUGAUAGUGGCAAGUUUGGUCCUUUUUUUUUUUACCCUUGGCCACGAUUCCAUAGGUGACCAAAAGCAGACAAAUCUCCAUACUUAAUGAUACAUUGUUUGCAAACAAAAUAUGGUUUACAAUAUUAUGUGUUCUAAAUGUGUACCUUGUACUGCACAAGUGUAAAAUUACUGUGCAUAUUAUCACCAGAUGGAUUUGACUACUGUACAGUAUUUAUGGUUUUGCGAAUUUAUUCUGCCCUGUUGCGUGGUUUUACACUGAUUUUGUUAAGCAUACAAUUGUUGCACACUUGAAUGUAUGUGAGUGUAUGGUUGGGCUUCCAUGAGGUGAACUUACAUGUCUUUGAUAUUGUUUGGGAGUUUGGAGAACUUGUACGGAGAAAUUAAGCACACCAUACUCGGCAAUGAUCACAUAUUGUGGUUGUGAGAACUCCAUCAUUAUAAAUAAAUCAUCUACUGUACUGUA